GGAAGCUGUAGUUAUCACCACCGAACGCAGAGAGCGUCCAUCUCCCCCCAGGAAGUUGUCCGUCCCUCAGGGGGAGGUCCAAUCUCAUAGGCUCCGCCUCCACUGGGUUGCCGGGAUGACAGGCUCCUCCCCCCUACGGUACUACUGCCUGCAAACCAGAGAGCUUCCGACCGGAGACUGGACCAGUCACUCUGCUGAUAUACCACACAAUUACACAGCCUGGACCGUGGAGAGACUGAAACCCUUCACGUCGUACAAGCUGAGGAUGCUGGCAACCAACGAUGUAGGAGACAGCAACUACAGCAAAGAGACGGAGACUGUUAUCACACUACAGGAUGUUCCUGAGGAGGCUCCAGUGAUAGUAUCAGUCAAACCCUCUACUACUACCUCUGUUCUGGUGCAGUGGCAGCGUCCCAGUGAGGAGAGCGUUAACGGGGUGCUGGUUGGCUACCGGCUGUACUACCGGGAGCUCCCGGUAAACUCCACCCCUAGUACGGUACCCCUGGAAGACAUGGCCAACAACACCACCACACGUGGUGACAUCACAGCUCUGACCAGCUUUAAGACAGUGAGCAGUGUUUCCUUAACAGAAUUUGAGUUAACGCAGCUGAAGAAGUUUCAGUGUUAUGAGAUCGUCAUGACAACCUAUAACAUCGUAGGAGAGAGCCCACCCUCUGAGCCGGCCACUGUAUCAGUUGGAGAAGCAGCUCCCUCCUUGCCACCCCAGUCUAUCAGAGCGGUGCCUGUCUCUCCUACUGUACUGGAGGUGACCUGGGACCUCCCACCCCUACACACACAGAAUGGACUCAUUCAGGGUUACAAGAUCCACUACUGGCAGGGUGCCAGACAGAACGAGACAGAGAAGGUGACGGUGGUGUUUGUUCCUGACACGCGUGUUCGUCUGGUCAACCUCACGUGUUACACGUCCUACCUCGUCACGCUGUCUGCCUUCAACGUGGCUGGAGACGGCCCGCCCAGCGAACCCCGGGGCGCCAAGACCCUACAGGCUGCCCCCAGCCAGCCUAGUUUCCUGUCGUUUUCGGAGGUGACAGGAUGGAGUGUCAACGUCUCCUGGGGGGCGCCCAGCGCUUCUAACGGGGUAGUGGAGGGGUACAGGGUGGUCUACCAGCCCACACAGCCUGUACAGGGUGUGAGUCGGGUGGUGACGGUGGAGGUGAAGGGUAGCUGGCAGCAUUGGUUGAAGGUCAGAGACCUGACUAAAGGAGUAACCUACAGGUUCAGUGUCCAGGCCAGAACAGUCAGCUACGGACCUGCUGUCCACUGUAACGUCACCUCACAACCUCUACAGGGCACCCCUGGUUCACCCAUGGAGAUGUCAGUCACCAAGUCCUCCUCGGCGCUGACCAUUCAUUGGUCGGAGGGAGACGCGGGGGCGGGACCUGUCAUAGGUUACAUUAUCGAGGCUCGUCCCUCAGAUGAAGGGAUGUGGGACUCGUUUGUCAGGCUCCUCCCCCCCAGCAGUAGGUCAGCAACCGUGGAGAUGGACCGUCUGAGGUCAGGGGUCGGAUAUGAGUUCCGUGUCAUCGCUGUCAAUCGCUACGGUUAUGGGGAACCCAGCACGCCGUCCACCGCACUCGCUGCUCUGUGGGACCGUCCCUUCUAUGAGGAGUGGUGGUUCCUGUUGGUCCUGUCUCUGAUUGGUCUGAUCAUGAUCCUCAUGUUGGUGUUCAGCCUCCUGCUGCACGGACACAACCACAAGUACAGGAGCUGCAGCACAGGAAAGCAUGUGUCUACGGUGGAGGAGUCCGUAACCCUGGACAACGGAGGAUUCACAGCUCUGGAACUCAACAGCAGAACUCUGAACAACAAGAGCACCUUCCACAAGAAGAAUGGAACUAGGUCCCCUCCCAGGCCCAGUCCAGGCCUCCUCCACUACUCUGAUGAAGACCUGUGUGAUAACUACAACAAUGGAGCCAUCCUCACAGAGAGCACCACGCUCACAGAGAAACCUGCUGACAUCUCAGAGUCUGAGGUAACAGACAGUGACUGUGAGGAUGAUCAUCAUCCUAAACAUUCCUUUGUUAAUCACUACAUGUCAGAUCCCACCUACUAUAACAGCUGGAAGAGACAACCUAAAGGCCUGAAGGGGUUAAGUCUGGCGUCCGGCUACGAGGAGUGUUCCAGCACUGACGGGGCAGAGCCCUACUACCAGACCGUGGUCACACAGCACAGCACAGGGGGAGCAUACACACCCACUGGGCUGCCCGCGCACACACACACACUCCCACACACACUCCCACACACACACACGCACGCCAACCCCAAUACCAAUCCACCAGGCUCACGCACGCCCGUCACGGGGUUCUCGUCUUUUGUGUGACUCGUGCACACAUGCGCACACACACACACACACACACAUGCGCGCUCACACACACACAGAGGGCGGAGCGGAGGAGGUUUGGAGCCCACUACUGUGGUAGGACCGAGGGAUGGAGGGAGAAGGGUGGAAGAGGAGGAUGGG